AUGCCGUCAGAGGUCGAUAUGGAGCCUGUCCGAAUUCAAGAUGAUUUGUUCGAAGCCAACAUACAUGCUGAAGUGGAAAAUAUUCGCGCGAAAAUCAAUGACAAGGCCGUUUGCGACCGUGCAUCCAAACUAAAUGGCGGUGUCAAAUGCAUGAUUGAGCACCCACCAGCCUGGGGUCGCGGAUCCCUCAUGGGCUGUGCAAACUAUCACGCCCGUAUUUGCUUCACUGAUAAGGGCUCUGUUUGGCUCCUUCGAGUACCUCGAAUGAAUGGCAAUGUCCCUCAAUCGCUCGUCAACUACAUUAUCAGAAGCGAAUACGCAACUCUCAAAUUUCUCGAGACGACCAAAGUGCCAGCUCCUCGGGUUUUUGAUUAUGGGAUCAUUGGUGACGGAAACAAUGAGUUGGGCGUAAGCUAUUUACUGAUAGAAGAAAUGCCGGGCAGAACUUGGAACUCGCAAGGUCCGAACGGAAAGCGGUUUGCGGAUGACAAAGACAAGGAAAGAAUUUGGAGUAGCUUGGCAGAUAUUCUGAUUGAGCUCGAACGUCAUCCAUUCCCAAGGGCUGGGUCUCUUCUCCCAGGUCCUUCACCUUCUGAUCCGAUAAUAUCCGCGAUCGCCAGUGAGAGGUUUCUUGUUCUGAGCCCUUCUGGGCCGUUCAAUACAUCCAAUGACUACUACACUUCAUUUGUGGAGCAAAAUAUGGCCCUUAUCACCGAUGGCCAGCUUUUCACAUCUUUUCCCGUGAAUGCCUAUCUAGUAUUCGCAUAUUUGAAAUCCCAGCUGCAGGCUCUUGCAGCGAAGCCAGCAGAGAAUUCAGUGGAAGCUACGGAGCAGUUCUACCUCAAGCAUGUGGACGACAAGGGAGAUCAUCUGAUGGUGGACGACGAGUUGAACAUCAUUGGAAUUAUAGAUUGGCAAAUGGCUCGAGUCGUCCCCGCCGGCGAAGCGUUUGGGCCGUCUUUAGUUACAGCAGAAAUGGGCGGCAUUUACAAUGGCAGGUCGUCUUUGACUGUCCAUGAUCUUGCAUUGGCAUACUUCUUGAAAACAAAGGGCGCGGUUGCUUUGGCUGAAACAAUGAGUGGGAAUGAAAGAAUAGAUUUGGAGCAGGGCCAUGAUAAAAUUCCGUGA